GAGGACGUCGAGAGCAGUUGACAGGUUCACUGUCGCCGAAGUUGGUGUUCUUCUGACGAACGGGAAAGGAACACUCCGAAAAAUAUUUGAUUCGGUGUUUUUUGAAAGAUAAUUUGGUUAUUUUCCCUUUUAUCUUUGAAUAACGUGUGAAAUGUAGCUGGAAUGAACCGGAGUGAUUAAUCCUGGAACCAAGGGAGAAGGAGAGAGAGAGAGGGAUAUUUCACCAGUGGUUUGGUAAGCACUUCUCCCGAACAUGAAGGAGAAAAGUCGGGAUCAGAGCUUUUCUGACUCCCGGGAACUAGACGGGUCUUAUGAUCCGCUCACCGGUAACCCAGCAUCCAACCACAGCAAGCGAACUAUAAAACAGAGGUUCCUCAAGCUGCUGCCCUGCUGUCGCUCCAGAACCGCCCCCUCACUCAGUCAAAACAGUGUAGUGGAGGAUGGAGAGUUAUCUACAGUGUGUUAUAGACCAGAGGGGUUGGACCAGCUACUACAACAGACUAAGUUCACCAGGAGAGAACUACAGAUCCUCUACAGGGGCUUCAAGAAUGAAUGCCCUAGUGGUGUGGUGGAUGAAGAGACAUUCAAGUUAAUCUACUCCCAGUUCUUUCCUCAGGGAGACUCCAGCACCUACGCUCAUUUUCUGUUUGAAGCGUUUGACACCCACAAGAAUGGAACGGUGAGCUUCGAAGACUUCGUCACAGGCCUGUCAAUCAUCCUGAGAGGCUCUGUCACAGAGAAACUCAACUGGGCUUUUAACCUCUACGACCUCAACAAAGAUGGCUUCAUCACCAAAGAGGAGAUGACUGAUAUAAUGAGCUCUAUCUAUGACAUGAUGGGGACGUGUACGUACCCCUGUAUGCAGAACGACGCCCCCAAGGAGCAUGUCGACAACUUCUUCCAGAAAAUGGACAAGAACAAAGAUGGCGUGGUCACCAUUGAGGAGUUUCUGGAGUCUUGUCAAAAGGAUGAGAACAUCAUGCAGUCCAUGCAUCUGUUUGACAACGUCAUUUAGUGAUACUUCCUGUGGGUGUGGCCUAAAGGACAGGGUGCCCAUAUUUAGCCUCACAGCCUCCACCCCUAGCUCCCCUCUAUCCCCAAACACAGACUCAUUAGGGAUGUCGGGGGUAAACGGUACCCCUCCAUGGAUCUCCACUCUCCUCCUACCUGGGAAGGUCAGACAACAGUUAGUUGUGCAAUAGGUACACCUCCAUGGGUCUCCACUCACUCAUCCACCUCUAGCCCAUCUCUGCCCCCCAAAAGAGACACCCCUACCUGGGAAGGUCAGACAACAGUUAGGUGGGCAAUAGGUACACCUCCAUGGGUCUCCACUCUCUCAUCCACCUCUAGCCCAUCUCUGCCCCCCAAAAGAGACACCCCUACCUGGGAAGGUCAGACAACAGUUAGUUGUGCAAUAGGUACACCUCCAUGGGUCUCCACUCUCUCAUCCACCUCUAGCCCAUCUCUGCCCCCCAAAAGAGACACCCCUACCUGGGAAGGUCAGACAACAGUUAGGUGGGCAAUAGGUACACCUCCAUGGGUCUCCACUCUCUCAUCCACCUCUAGCCCAUCUCUGCCCCCCAAAAGAGACACACCUACCUGGGAAGGUCAGACAACAGUUAGGGGCUCAAAGCCACGCCAUGUUGGAGACCAUAUCACUCAUUCUAUAUGACAUCACAUUCUCACUAUGCAAUAAUGUUAUUGAUUCUCUAAUUACUAGUUUGACAAAAUGGUGGACUGUUAUUCUUCUAAGGGCAAAAGGCUUUAAAUGAAACAAUAAUCUCACUGCUUGGUAUGAACUUGUUAACUGUGAGAUGUAUUAUUAUCAAUCAUCGACAUUGUUCCAUUUCUCAAUGUUCUGGGAGGGAAUCCCCUGGCUGACGGAAUUACCCACAACCCUCCAAUCAUCCAUAUUGUGUCCUAUUUACCUCAUUUUCAACAGAAAUAUGGUCCGUGUUUAGUUUUUUUUGUGCGUGACUUCUGGUUAAGCGCUUCCGGCUAAUAGUUGGGAGCUAGCUAGCUAACUAACUCAGUAUCGCUUCUCACAACUUUCCAAACAUGGAUUCACAUAAAUGGUAAUUUUAUGUUCUGUAAGGGGUUGCCACGGCAACUGUCAGAAACGGAAACUGUUUAUGGAGCAGGAGUGUUUUGACCACCAAUUUUUUUUGAGGAGCGAGUGCAGUUGUGAGGCUCCUUUUGAUUUGCACCCACCUCCUAAGGACGAGGAGUCUCUUUGGCUUUGGCUCAAAGCAUUGAAAAGAUGCUGUGAAGAAGUCAAUCAAAACAAUCGAAUUGCCAUGGAAACGCGUGGGGGAAAGAUCCCAAAUCUCCUCAUUGCCCCCCAGCAAAAUGAACCUACAUUUAGGCGUAUUAUUAUUUACAGUAUAGAGUAUGUGUACUAUGUUGUGGUAAAAAUCAGAGUUGAAUGCUUGUAUGGAUGUCAACCACAGGAGGUUGGUGGCACCUUAAUUGGGGAGGAUGGGCUGAUAGUAAUGGCUGAAGCGAAAUCGUUGGAAUGGUAUCAAAUGCAUCAAACACAUGCGACUGAUGCCAUUCCAUUUGCUCCGUUCCAGCCUUUAUUAUGAGCCGUCCUCCCCUCAGCAGCCUCCUGUGAUGUCAACCCCAAUGUUCAGGUCAUCGUCACCAACCACCGACAUUAGUUAAAAACUACUUUGACUACACCACUGAUUUCUGUAUGCUAGCUAUGCUACCAGCUUAUAUGAAGGUGAGUUAGCAUUUAUCAGUCACUCCUUCUAAACCUGAAAAGGUACAACUCCUAAAUGAUGCAGCAAAAACAGCCAAAUAAAUUCAAAUCAGACUUUAGUAACCACAUUGUGGGCCUGUUUAGAAUGCAUCAAUCAUGAUGAAUAUACACUUGGUUAUAUCAAAUAUGUUGAAUGUGCACCAAUCCGGCAUCCUUCUUAUGUCCCCCACGGUCUGCGUUCCAUUGACCUCUUUACAGCAUCUGUAGUGUCUGCAUGAUGUGUGUUUUAAAAAUGACAAGAAGUCAUAUUUAAUGUGGUUGUGUGUGUACUGUAUGUGCUGGAGAUGACUCCUUCUGAAUGUGUCUGUGUAUAUUUUUGUACAGACAUGAUGUUUAUGAUGUCUGUACAAACCCAAAUAUAAGUGAAUAAACCACUGUUGCUAUGCAAACAAA